CAGCAUCUUCUGUCAGAGGAGUCUUACCACCCAAACCCCUUCAAAAUUAUUUGAAUGAUGAAUAUUAGAAGCAGAGAGUCUGUUUGUAGGAGUCUGUUCGGGCCAGUGGACCACGACCAGCUGCGGCAGGACUUACAGCUGCAACUGAAGGAGAUCAUGGAGCAGGACAGCCGGCGGUGGAACUUCAACUUCCAGCAUGAGACACCGCAACUGGGCAGGUUUCAGUGGGAGGAAAUACCUGCAGAUCGCGCUGCCUCUUUCUAUCAGGAGAGCCGGCAGCCAACAGUUGGUACUAACUCUCCAAAAGCUGAGGAUGAUCAACACAUUGGUCCCAACCAAGAGAACUGCUUGAGUAUGUCCAACGCACUCAAGCGUCCUGCUGAAAUGAAGCCUGUCUUGAGGAAGAGGUCACUCUCCAAACCUGCAGUCAAGUCAAAUAAUGCAAGAAUUACAGAUUACUUUACAAAGAGGAGACGGUCAAUAGGAGCUAAGAGCAUCAUCAGUCCUUUUCAAACCAAUUUCAACAAGGAAACUCAGUGUCGGACUCUAAGAUGAGCGUGCUUCGGAAAACUUUUAUGUUUCUAUUCUAAUUUGAUGGACUGAACUAAGGAUCAAAAAGCAACCCAUCUUUUUUGUUAUUCUAUUUUUCUGUUUUGUUUAUCUGUAUUUAUUUUAUUUAUGGAUGUGCUAA